AUGGCUCGAUUAUGGUCUGCCGCUAGCCACAGUUCGACUGCUUGCAAAUAUGGAUGCGACAACAAGCAUGGGUUCCGCAAGGGACAUCAAGGUGAUUGGCGGAGAUUGCAGCUACAUCCGGCUUCGAAUCUUGUCUUCGUUGACGAUAUUCGCUGGUUCGCUUGCCCGACGUCUGGGAUUAAUCAACACUCUGGUCUUCACUUACGAAAAGGAAGAUGUCAGAAGCGCGGGAUGUCGCUCAACAACUUGCUGCAUAACUAUCGGUUCGCUCUGCUGGUCUGGUGGCCCGGGCUAUUGUCUGCCCACCUGACUGCAGCUGAUGGACUGAUUAAGAAUCUUCAGUGCUUCAUCAGAGGCGAGGGUGGUAACCGCACAACUUCUCUUCCAAGCAAAGCCUCAUAUAUGGAUCAGCAAAGUGGCAAUGAUCUGCGACAGAGAGAUGGGCUACGACCUGAACGAGAAGACGCACACUUAGAUCCUGUUCUCGCAAUUCUCCGCGAUCGCUGCUGCCUUGAAUGCUGUUUGCCCAAAGCUGCAAAUCGUCAAUCCACACGGCAUCACCGGCCUAUCAACCAGCGAUGUUCUGAUCCCGGGUACUUGGCCAAGUGUCUAGUCAUGCCUCUGAUUACCUUGUUUCACAACGCCAAAUCUUCCAGGUCCGCAAACUUUCAUGAUCAGUCUACCGUCAUGACAGCUUGGCGCGAUGGCUACACAAUCGCCACAUCAAAACCCUCAGCUUCCGAAACUGCGACCUCGAUGCCCUACACUUCCUCUAAGUUUCAUCUUAUCGAGAGGCGAAAGGAGGUGUCAAAACACCUUCGCUAUGGCUCUAGUGCUCAAAUCAACCAGCGAAUCACUCGAUUCGAGGGCGCAAACACCGACAUGAAGAAGUUGCCAUACCUUGUCCGCUGCCAUAAUAUUGGCGAUCAAGAUGUUCGGGCCCGAAAACGAAGCUCUCUAGCCGCUAGAUGA